UGGAAGUAUACUGUAUCAGUAAUGCGUCAUGCAUAACAUUUAACUUUAACCUCACUCUUUCGCCACGUACAAGUUCAAAGCACAGGUUUCUUUAUUUUUGUAUUGCCACUGUUUUCCUCAAUUUAACAGUAUUUGAAACAGUAUUUCUGAGUGAACAUUUUUUCCUCUAUUAGUUAAAUCAUGGUAACAAUAGAGCGAAAGGGCACUUUCAAGGUAGAAUACCUACAAAAAAUCGAGAGGGAAGUGCAAGAGCGUUGGAGAAAUGAAAGAGUAUUCGAGAUAAAUGCACCACUUACACCAAAAAAGUCUGAAGGAGAAAAGUUUUUCUGCAAUUUUCCUUAUCCCUACAUGAAUGGGAGACUUCAUUUAGGACAUACAUUCAGUCUUUCGAAAUGCGAGUUUGCUGUGAGAUUCCAGAGACUACAAGGAAAAAAGGUGCUCUUUCCUUUUGGUUUUCAUUGCACUGGGAUGCCUAUAAUGGCAUGUGCUGAUAAACUAAAAAGAGAAAUGGAAUUAUAUGGCUAUCCUCCAAAGUUUCCUGAAACUGAAGAAGUAAAAGUUAAAGAAGAGAGUGAUGGCAUACCAAAGGAUAAAAGCAAAGGAAAGAAGAGUAAAGCAAUGGCAAAAGCAGGUGCAGCAAAGUAUCAGUGGCAAAUAAUGCAAAGCUUAGGACUAAAAGAUGAGGAAAUAAAAAAGUUUGCUGAUCCAGAUUAUUGGUUAGAUUAUUUUCCACCAUUAGCUGUACAAGAUCUAAACAAGUUUGGCAUUCAUACUGACUGGCGUAGAACCUUCAUAACAACAGAAGCCAAUCCUUUCUAUGACUCCUUUGUAAGGUGGCAGUUUCUCAAGUUGAAAGAGCGCAAUAAGAUCCAAUUUGGUAAAAGGUACACCAUUUACUCUCCACGUGAUGGCCAGCCAUGUAUGGACCAUGAUAGGGCCACGGGUGAAGGAGUUGGACCCCAAGAAUACACUAUUAUGAAAAUGAAGCUUGUUGAACCAUAUCCUGCAAAGUUAAGUGCUCUGAAAAAGAAACCAUUAUUCCUUGUAGCAGCUACCUUAAGGCCCGAGACAAUGUAUGGUCAGACAAAUUGUUGGUUAAGGCCAGACAUGAAGUACAUUGCAUUUGAAACAAAAGAUGGUGAAAUUUUCAUCUGUACUGCUAGGGCAGCCAGGAACAUGUCCUAUCAAGGUUUUACAAACAAAGAUGGGCAGUACAAUGUUGUCGCCGAACUUUUGGGUGAAGAUCUUUUAGGAUGUGCCCUGAAAGCACCUAUGACGUUAUAUGAGAAGAUCUAUACACUUCCAAUGUUGACAAUCAAAGAGGAUAAAGGUACUGGUGUUGUCACUAGUGUCCCAUCUGAUUCACCAGAUGAUUAUGCUGCACUUGUUGAUUUGAAGAAAAAACAGGCAUUUAGGGAGAAGUAUGGUAUAAAGGAUGAAAUGGUAUUACCUUAUGAUCCUGUACCUGUAAUAGAAGUACCAGAAUUUGGAAAACUCGCUGCAGUUACUGCAUAUGAGAAGCUGAAAAUUCAAAGUCAGAAUGACAAAGAUAAGCUACUGGAAGCAAAGGAAAUACUAUAUCUGAAGGGAUUUUAUGAAGGGGUGAUGCUAGUAGGCGAACAUAAAGGCAAAAAAAUCCAAGAUGUAAAGAAACUGAUACAGAAAUCUAUUGUUGAUAAAAAUGAAGGUGCCACAUAUUAUGAGCCUGAGAAGACUGUCAUGUCCAGAUCUGGGGACGAAUGUGUUGUUGCUUUAUGUGAUCAGUGGUAUCUAGAUUAUGGUGAAGAAGGCUGGAAAAAACAUGCAUUGACGGCUCUUGAUCAAAUGAACGUUUUUCAUGAAGAGGUCAAGAAAAAUUUCAGAGGUUGCCUCGAUUGGUUACAUGAACAUGCCUGUUCUAGAACCUAUGGUCUGGGUACCAAAUUACCAUGGGAUUCUCAAUGGCUUAUUGAAUCACUCUCUGAUUCUACAAUCUACAUGGCUUACUAUACUGUAGCUCAUUUUCUUCAAGGAAAUACAUUCAGGGGAAGCAAACCAAAUGUACUAGGCAUUAAAGCAGAACAAAUGAUUCCGGAAGUAUGGGACUAUAUUUUCUUCAAGAAUGCCAAAUACCCAGCAAAAUGUGGCAUAAAGCAAGAAUCUCUAGAUCUAAUGAAGAGAGAGUUUGAGUUUUGGUAUCCAAUGGAUGUCAGAACUUCUGGUAAAGACUUGGUACAGAACCAUCUUACUUACUGUAUCUAUAACCAUUGUGCUAUUUGGCCCAAUGAAGAAAAUAAAUGGCCAAAAGGCAUGCGAGCGAAUGGUCAUCUUCUUCUUAAUUCCGCCAAGAUGUCUAAAUCGGAGGGUAACUUUUUGACACUGGCUGAAGCUAUUGAAAAAUUCAGCGCCGAUGGUAUGAGACUGUCUCUGGCGGAUGCUGGAGAUUCAGUUGAAGAUGCUAACUUUGUUGAGAGUAUGGCGGACGCGGGCAUUCUCAGGCUGUACACCUUUGUUGAAUGGGUUAAGGAAGUCUUAGCUAGCCAGUCUUCAUUGAGGUCGGGGCCAUUCAAUUCGUUCAACGAUCUGGUAUUCCAAAGUGAAAUGAACAUGAAGGUAAAAGAAACAGGAGAACACUAUGACAAAAUGCUGUUUAAAGAAGCCUUGAGGACUGGUUUCUUUGAGAUGCAAGCAGUCAGGGACAAAUAUAGAGAGCUGAGUUUAGAUGGAAUGCACAUUGAGUUAGUACUCAGAUUUAUUGAGGUGCAGGUCUUGCUACUGUCACCUAUCUGUCCUCAUGUUGCUGAACAUGUUUGGCAGCUCCUGGGAAAGAAAGGAAGUAUACUGAACGCUCUAUGGCCAACAGUCGGAGCAGUAAAUGAAGUACAAGUUAAAGCCUCUGAAUACUUGAUGGAAUCUGCGCAUUCCUUUAGAGUACACCUCAAGACUUACCUGCAAGGGGUGAAAACUAAAAACAACCCUAAUCCACCACCUGUAGAAAAACCAAAUGUGGUUACAAUUUGGGUGGCAAAAACCUUCCCUACAUGGCAACAGUGUGUUCUGACUACUAUGAAGAAACACUUUGAGAAGAGUGCUUCUCUACCAGAUAACAAAGUUCUUUCUGGCGAAUUUGGAAAAAUGGAAGAACUCAAGAAGUACAUGAAGAAAGUAAUGCCUUUUGUUCAAGCAACUAGGGAAAAACUGGAUCAAUUGGGAGUAAAAGCAUUAGCUUUAACCCUAGAGUUUGACGAGGCAGAAGUGCUCAAAAAUAAUAUUGCCUAUUUGGCAAAUACUUUAGAAGUAGAAGAAGUUCUAGUUAAAUACACGGACGACCCAGAAGCAACUGAAAAAAUGAAAGAAUGUUGUCCUGGUUCACCAUUUGUUUUGUUUUCAACGAAACCUGGCGUGAAAUUAGAUUUUGUAAACCCUGUGCCUUUAAACGGCCUGCUCUCUAAAUCAUUAACAGUUAGUGAUGGAGAUACGGUAUCAAAGAUCACCCAGAGGAUAGCCAAAGACUCGAAACAAAUCAAAAGUAGGUUCCUUUCUUUUAAUUUUUAGGUUACGUUAAAAAGACUAAAUUCGGUGCCUUGACUAACAUUGCCAUUGCUUCUUCAACUAAUUAGAAAUUGUAAUUUUUGUUUUUUGCAACGUGUUUUACUCCGAGAGCUGACACAGACAAUUUUGGGUAGACAUUUGGGACACGCUGAAACCGUGCCUAAUCUCUCUCCUAUAAUACCAAAACAGAACUGCAGACCUGGCUGGGGGGUAGCGAGGCUAAAUCAUCCCUUGUUUUUAAAAACGCGAUUUUUUGCAAAAAAUUAUUUUGAGGCAUUUCUAAUUUUCAUACCUAUAAAUUUGACAUUCAAAGAAUGGAAAAAUAAAUAAUCCAAAUCAUAUAGCCAGGACAUGGGGGCAUACAAUUAGUACACCAAUGUUUGUGGGAAAACUUUUUAUUUGACAACAGAUAAUGAAAAAACAUGUUUUUUGGGAUUCAAUCGAAAGUGUUGACAGGAACGAACAAACAUUUCAUAUAAGAUUUUUAUGUAUUUUAGAGACCUACAAAAUGAAACCACACGUAAAAAGACCCGACUAGUAACAAAAAUGUUAUGGCUGAAAAACGAGGCCAAAUGCAGGUUUUUGACACUUGGUGGUAAUGCGACGAUAAUUUCACGCAACUACUUGAAAUUGUUCAAAUCCGUGAGAUUCAUACUUCUCAAUAUCAACAACAAAAUUGGAGUAUAUUGGUGAAGUAGUUUCUUGAGAAUUUCUAAUUGUUUAUCCAAAAACACCUGUUUUCCGGCCAAUACUACUAGUUUAUUGAGCAAUAUACAGGGUUUGUUCCAAGAGCAUUCAAUCUAAUAAAUACCUAAAAAUCUUAUAUAGAGUUUUUUCGUUCUUGUCAACACUUCCCAUUGGAUCCACAAAAACACGUUUUUUCAUUCUUUGUUGUCGAAUUAAAAGUUUUCCCAAAAAAAUUGAUGUACCCAUUUUAUGCGUCCAUGUUUUAAAUACCCCCUUGAACAACUUCCAGCAAUAAAACCAGACUUUACAAUUAUUUUGCAAACCAGGGGUAUUUUCGUCUACUUGCAAAGCUAUUUUCAAAAAAAUUGUACAAACGUAUUUGAGGCAUGCUGAAAUUUCAAUAGGAUAUUAUUUAUAAUUAAAAGUAAAUAUGUAGUAUAUCAUUUCGAUGAAACAAUCUACCUUCCAGGUGGAGAGAAAGUAGCGUAUGCAUGUGAGUGAGAAGUGCUACACUGCCAUACUUCAGUAAAAUUAAUUUAAAUCACAAAAUAUAUAAUUAAUCACGUUAUUUAACAAAAAUAUUAUUUUUUUCACGUUGUCAGAUAUUUCAUAUUUAUUACAUUGCCUAAAUAUAAAAGCAGUAAAUCAAUUUUUCAGAGUAAAAGAGUUUUCAAACUACGU